AUGGUUAUUUCCAUCCUCGUCCUCUCUGUCCCAUUACCAGCUUGCCCCGCUUCCUGCAGUACCGCUUCGGGCCGGCAGAGGGCGGGGCCCGGGGCGGCAGGAGAGGGCGGCGCGGAGGGGGCGGGGCGGGGGCGCCCUCGGGAGCCGCUCGGGUUCAGAGCCGAGGCGAGGCGAAGCGAGGCGCCCGGGGCUCCGGAGGAAGGCAGCGCGCCGACAGGGGAGGCUGGAGGGGACCUUCGCGGGGCCCAGAGCCCGGGAGGAGGCGGCGGACGAGGAGGAGGAGGGAUGCCCGGCGGCGUCGGGCUCGGCGCCUAG